AUGGUUGAAGCUGUUGAUAAGAUUAAGAUCGAGGAUCCUCGUGUUCAGCGACGCUCUGCCACCAUCCACGGGAAGACCUACGGUAUCACGAAAUUACCCAGUGACUUUGAGAUCCACGGCUUCCCAGACCUGUCCCUAGGAUGGCGAUACCAAAUCCCCCUGCUCCUGAGGCUCGGAUUUCGCGUAGUCUGCCCUGACUGUAUUGGAUAUGGACGAUCGGAUUCUCCCACGGACUCUAUCCUCCCAUAUACCAUGAAAUCCCAUUGCGAAGACUUUCACCAGCUGGCAAAGCAACUCGGCUGCGAAAACAUCAUCCUGGGGGGGGUCAUGACUGCCGUAUACGCCUUCCGCUUCGCACUCUACUUCCCCUCCUUCGUAUCCCAUCUCCUUAUUUUCGUCGUUCCCUACCCACCCCCCGUAUCGAAAUACAUCGCCGUCAAUGAUCUAGUCAAGUUUCGUCCUUCCUUUGGAUACAUGCUCCAGUUCGGGAGCGAAGAUGGCGUGAUAGAAUCGCAUACGCGACAUAGGCAGGGGAUCCGACAGUUCUUGAAUUCCUUGUUUGGCGGGAGGACGCAGGAUGGAAGGAAGGCUAUUGAAGCUAAGACUGGGAUAGAUUUUGAAUUGCUGCCAGGGUUGUCAGAGACCAGGUUAUUGGACAGUGAGGAGAUGGAGUAUUAUGUGGACGAGUAUGCGCGGAACGGACUUCGGGGCCCAUGCAAUACCUAUCGAACGGGGUAUCAGAACUUUGUGGACGAAUUAUCAUUUCUCGAUGAUGAAGAUGGGACUGCCGUCAAGUGCCCGACGCUUUUCCUACGGGCAACGGAGGACUUUGCGAUCCCUGCUAGCAUGGUGGAAGCUAUGGCACCAUACGUGAAGGAGUUGACAAUUGAGGACGUUCGCUCAUCGCACUGGAUUAUGCUGGAGCGACCGCAGAAAGUUAAUGAGGUCCUGGAAGCUUGGUUCCAGCAGCAGGGCCUCGUUGAGUAG